GUUAUUUAUUUAUAAAUUUAUUUUUUUUGCAAAUAUUGUUUACAAUUAUUGUUUUGAAUGAAUCACUGAUUGUCUCAUGAAUUCAGUUGUCGGCCAACGAGUGCUCUUUACGGACAUCCGUACACUUGUCCAUCAAUGGCAACGAUGUAUACACACGAGUCACGUGCACUGCAAACAAGUGGCCGCGCGUUACACGAGAUCCAAGACUCGGAAUAAGACGUUUCCGAUGACCUACGAGAUGGUAAAUCCUCCGCAUUAUAUAGCGGUGAGGAAAGGCUGGAAUUCGUGGAACACUUCGAGUCUGGUCGGCAUCGGUAGGACUAACACAAGUCAAACGACUGUCGAAGAUCUGUUUAUACGGAAAUUCAUUUUCGGGACAUUUCAUCGACUAUUUCUUUCAGAGAUUAUUAUCAAAAGGCGGGCAAACAUUAUAAUAGUUUCGGGUAUUGUUCACCAAUCCGUUGUCCAAACAAAGAUGUAUUUUCUUAUCGGUUAUUCCGAACAAAUCCUUUCAUAUCAACUCAAAUGUAUCGUCAAAAUGGAUAUUCAGAUCACACACGACUCCAAAGCACUUGUUGUCAAAUAUAUCUAAAAUUAUUACACAAUUAUUAUAUCAUUCAAUAUUUUAGUUAUUAGUUAUAAUUGAAAUUAAUUUAUUAGAUAUAUUUAAAU